AUGGAUACAAAUUCAAGUGUAAAAUUUUUUGAUUGUUUAGUAUCUAAUUCAUGUUUGAAAGGUUAUGUUGAAUUAAAUAAUACUGUCUGUCCAAUUAACAUUAUUGACAAUAAUUCAACAAACCCAAUAAUCAAUUUAUCCGUUAUACCACGUCUUGCCAUGUUUGAUCAAUUACUUCAUAAGAAUUCAUCUAAACCAGUUUCAUGUUAUGACUCAAUUCCUACUCAAUCAUCAUUUAUUUCAUCAACACAAUCCUUACUCUUAUUAGUCGAACAAUUAGAAGAAAUUGGAUGGAAAUCCAUUCGCUUAGACGAAUCAAUAGAUAAUAAAUAUUUAGUAAUAUUAUCAUAUGAGUGUUAUGAUCGUAGUGACCGAUUACAUCAACUAAAAUUUCUUAUACCACACAGUUGGCCAAAUGAAAAGCCGAAAUAUAUUGCUGAUUUGCCAAAUGAAUUUGAUUGUUCAUGGAUAAUCAAACAAACACGUCUUAUACAUGUUAUUGAAUCAUUUCAACAAACAAUUGAUUUAUAUCAAGAUUUAUGGAAUCAACUUGAUCAAAUUGAUUCAGAAUAUAUUGUAUUAGAUGCUCAACAACAAGAAACAAAUAAAACAUCUAAAUUCUCCAUUUGUUAUAGAAAAAUAAUGAUAACACCCAAUAUCAAUAUUUUUGUACAGAUAAAUCCGUUUAUUCCCAAUGGUUUUCCUGUAAUGAAAUUGAAUGGUCCCACAUCGUUAAUUCAAAAUUUAGACAUUAAACUUCAAUUAAAUCGUUCGAAAUGGACUGAAUCAUAUGGAAUACCAACAAAUAUUGAAGAAAUACUAGACUUAACAUUACCACGAAAAGAUAAUUUGUUAUUAUUUGGAUUAUCUCAAACAACUGAAGUAGAAUGUGGAAUAUGUUUAUCAAAUAUACACGUGGAUAAUAGCAGAAUUGUCUAUUGUGAAAAUGUGGCCUGUUUAAAACAAUAUCAUUACGACUGUUUAAAAUCGUGGUUCAGAAAAGGACGCUCAACAAACCAAAAGGGACAACAACAGCAAUACCAAUUACACGGCAUUUUGGCUAAUCAAAAAGAUUCAUUGAUUAAAAAUGGACCAUGCAUUUAUUGUAAAAUGAACAUUGUUUGCAAAUAG